AUGUCAGCAUCAGCUUUUAAUUUUGCCUUUAGAAGAUUUUGGAAUAGUGAAACAGGCCCUAAAACAGUACACUUCUGGGCCCCAACUUUGAAGUGGGGGCUGGUCUUCGCAGGGCUAAAUGAUAUUAAGAGGCCUGUUGAGAAGGUAUCAGGAGCACAAAAUUUAUCUUUAUUAGCGACGGCACUGAUUUGGACGCGUUGGUCGUUUGUCAUCAAGCCCAAGAACUAUCUGUUAGCUUCCGUCAAUUUUUUCCUGGGUUGCACUGCAGGCUACCAUCUAACAAGAAUUGCUAACUUUAGGAUACGGAACGGUGAUUCUUUUAAACAGGUUAUUCACUACAUAAUAAAAGGGGAGACUCCUGCAGCCGUCGCAGCAAAGCAAACUGCAUCCACAUCGAUGAACAAAGGUGUGAUCGGUACUAAUCCGCCAAUAACGCACUGA